GUGAAGUGGUCGAUUCAUGCCUGAUGGCGUUGACAGAACUCAGCACUCCUCUUGGCAGCCCACUGACGUAAAAGACAUUGUUUACUACUUAUAGCCUGUCCUUGUGACCUCAACACUCCUGAAUACUUUAUUAAGAGGCCAGGAACUACUUCGUAAAGAAGGCCCUCUCAAUCUCUGCCACUCCUCCGUGUCAAAAUGAUGAAAUUGUUUUUGAAUGUUCUUAUUUCUUCUGCAGGCCUGACAGUCUGUGGGCUGCUUCUUCAUUGGCCGUUCAGUUUUGAUGGGUUGUGAGCUCUCGAAGGGCACAGUACAGAUAGGGACAGUGAGUGAUGUCUCAUGUCAUGCUUUGUUUUAAUUAAAAUCGUCACUUUUUACCCCCGUCUGUAUUCAGAACAUUGUCAUUUUUCCCUCUCACGUAUUUCCUGUCUAUGAUUAGAAGGAGCAGAGGUCCUCUUGUGGUUGAACUGGGUCCCCUGAUCAUGUCAGGAGCAGACGGUAUCCUGAGGAUUGGCGCCAACGCUGGGACGUCCUGCACAGCUGUCUCCUGUCCGUCAUGGAGACCGCCAUGAUGGAUUCAGGAUGACAACGUGCGAACUGUGCUUAGGUAUGUGCAUCAGAUCAGGCCUCACUCCUCUGCCAGACUGGAUUUGGAGUAAGAGCAAUGACGUUGUUGUUGGCUGUCACCACCGUUGUUGAGGACAGCACUCUUCAAGCUGAAUGUGUACUCAUGUAGAUGGCUGCCUGCACCAGAAAAUCCCAUGACCUUUUCACUUGUCCUCCACAAUGAAGUCUCUUCUUGAAUCAUUUGCCACUGACACGGAGAUACAUGAGCCUUCAAGAUCCAAGGAGGUUGAGGUCCUAUAGAUCAGUCAAUAUAGUAAUUUUAUAUAAUAAUGAUGUAGCGAAUGGUGGAGCAGGGAAGCAAACCUGGGUUCACUGGCAUGAAAGGCAAACACCCUACGCAUCGCACCAAUAGGGUGUACCCCACUUAGUAGGAAUUGUAACGUGGCUCAUUUAGCAAAGAUCGCUACACUGCCCCCUCCGAACGGGAAGACACGUCCUUAUGCGUCGACCUACCGCAGUCACUCACGGCCGCCAUCCCACUUUUAACACCAAUGUAACAAACAGUGAGGCAGGGAAGCGAACCCGGGCCGCUGGCGUUAUAGGCAAACACCCUACACACUGCAUGGGAAUUGCAACGUGGCUCAUAUAACAAGGAUCGCUAUAAUAUUUAUGUUUAAGCAUAAUGAUGAGUUUAUUUGUUUUGGGGCUAUUUUUAAACGUCUUUGCAAGUUACAAACGUUUCUUUCUUAGACUGUACAGACAAAGUAGUCUUUGACAUAUUUUCAGCAUGCCUCUUGCUGUACGAAACUCCUCCCACUUCCUACCUAACUAUUGGUCGCCACACACUUAAUUUAAUGGGCGGAUUCGAUUAUGCUAAACUACGGGGCACUGCUCGAUGGCCCAUUGCGUCAUCGGGCGAAAGCGGGGAGGGGACACGCUGUAAUUUUGUCAACAAGGCAGCAUGGUGCAUCGUCCAGAAACAUACAUCUCUUUCCAUUAAAUACAUGUUAAAAAAGCAAACCAUUUUGCAAGGGAAAACACAGAAUUCUAGUACUUACUACAUGUGCUUAAUUACGUCCCUUUUGCGCCGGCUUCGCCGUGGUUUUGAACCCACGCCCGGGAAAGCAGGCCCGCGUGGGAUUAAUAUAACCCUCUCAAUUCAAUCAACCAGAUCAUGUCCACCUAAAAGAGGCUACCCCUUUAAAUGCCCCCACCUGCAAUCAUUAGCCCCUUUCAAACCAAACCAGCAUGGAAUCCUUGCGAUUUGUCAUUGACUUUAAAUAAUCUAAAAUAUGUUACCUGAAACCAUCAAUGAAGCCGUAAAGACAAACCUGUUUAAAUAAAAGGUCACAGGUCACCCUCUCCUUGUGUUCAUACAGCUGCACCCAUCCUUGAAAGUAGAGGAAAAUAAAAAGGAAAAUGCUGCACACUGCACGUUUCCAGGUAGAUUGUACUUUGUUGCAUUACCACAAGGGACAAAAUCUACACAAAAAUGUUAAAUAUAACAAUUAACAUCUGCAUACAAAAAGAAGCAGAGACAGCAGCCAAACAGCGAAAAGUUGUAACUAUUCAAUUCAUAGUUACAACGUCAAAUUUCAUACUUGUGUAUUUUACUAAAUAAUGAUUGGGCUGGCAGAGGUCUAGGAAGUAGGAACAUAAAGAUACCUCUCCUAUGUUCAUAUGCAGAUUGGUUCUGAGAACAGGCAUAAUGAAGUAGGUGAAAUGCUGCUUUCCUUGACCUUUUUAGGCUAAAUUAAAUCCCAAGCACAACCUGUCCGGGUGAAAUACACUGACGUUUAGAGGUCUCCCGUAAUAACUUGGCCACAGAGCUCGCGAAGCGGAAGGGACUCGGAAUUCUGUUGUCGGUGACGCAAGUCCAUCUGUGGUUGGAAACGGGACUGGACGACGCAUUAUUGGGGCGGCGAGCCACUGAUAGAGCGUCUACAUGCAAAACAUGUGGAAAGUCAGGGAAAUGGUGGAUAAAGCCACUAACGUGGUGAUGAACUACUCUGAUAUCGAGUCCAAGGUGCGAGAGGUCACCAAUGAUGACCCCUGGGGUCCCUCUGGACAGCUCAUGGGAGAGAUCGCCAAAUCCACGUUCAUGUACGAGCAGUUCCCUGAGGUCAUGAACAUGCUGUGGACCAGAAUGCUGAGGGACAAUAAGAAGAACUGGAGAAGAGUUUACAAGGCCUUACUACUAUUGGCAUAUCUCAUCAGGAACGGAUCGGAGCGAGUUGUCACCAGCGCGAGGGAACACAUCUACGACCUUCGCUCCUUAGAAAACUACCAUUUUGUUGACGACAAUGGGAAGGACCAGGGCGUCAACGUGCGUCAGAAGGUGAAGGAGAUGGUGGAGUUUGUUCAGGAUGACGACCGGCUCCGGGAGGAGAGGAAGAAGGCCAAGAAAAACAAGGACAAGUAUAUCGGCGUGUCCUCAGACAGCACUGGAGGAGGAGGAUUCAACAAGACCAGCUCGGGGGAAAUGUUUGACUCCGAGCCCAAGGGGAAGUGGGAUGAGGACUGUGACAAGAGCAAAGGAGCCUUCCCCUUCAGUGAGAAGCUGGGAGAAAUCAGCGACAAGAUCGGCAGCACCAUCGACGACACUAUCAACAAGUUCCGCAAGAAUGAGAGGGAUGACUCGCCCGACAGAAUCAGUGACAACGAGGAGGACAGGGUAUCGCAGAACAGCCGGCCGGUGUCUGGGUCAGAGAAGCUGUCGGAGUUCAGAGACGAGGAGGAGACUGUUACGACCACGAGCAUCCAGAUCAGCCAUGCAACGGAGACCACCACCACACGCAAACGUGGCGGCAUCCGCUCCAAGACCGUGGAUCUAGGGGCCGCUGCUCACUACACAGGGGACAGGGGCAGGCUGGACGCAGACAACGGAAAGACGUCUGCUAGCCAUUCUUCAAGCAGUAGCCUUGCAGACCUUCUUAUGGUGGACGCUGAGUCCAGUCAGACUGCACCAGCAGAACUUUGGACCAAUGCAAGGGGACUUAUUGCCCCAGCACGUGGAGCUCCAGAAGCCCUGCCUCCCCCCCACAUGGUCAGACCCCAGCGUCAACAUCAGCCUGGACUUCCUGUCUCCUGGUAUGCAGAUGACCACCUGCAAGCCCAGCCUCAACAACAUGUUACAGCAAGAUCCCCUGCUUUCAGGAGUCCAGCCGCCCAUCAACUUGACUCAGAGGUUUGGAGGCCUGAAUCUGAACAUCCAGGCCACAGCCACACCCAUCAGACUUUCCACCAACCUCAUGAUGCCCGCCAGUGCCAUGGGCCUAGGCAUGCCUCCCACCAUGGCAACGGGUACCAUGGGGAUGGGCGCCAUGCGAAUGGGAGGAGUGGGCGAAUGGGAGCCUGUCAAUCAGGGAAUUAUGAACAUGGUUGUGGGCACCCUGGGUAUGCCAGGGAUGGGCAUAGGGCAGCCCAUGGUCAACCCUGCCUUCCCGAACUUCUGCAACUUCGGGAAAUGAGAGAGCUGAAGGAUUUGUGUGGAAGAGUUUUGUUCAGAACACACCAUUAUGAACGGAAAGCUGCAUACGCGGACUACUUGAGAAAUAUCUAAUGUCUAAUAUUGACUUGCGCUCCCUUCUGCCCUCAGAACAGCCUCAGUUCGUCAGGGCAUGGACUCUAUAAGGUGUCGAAAGCUUUCCACAGGGGAUGCUGGUCCAUGUUGACUCUAAUGUUUCCCACAGUUGUGUGAAGUUGGCUGGAUGUUCUUCGGGUGGUGGAUCAUUCUUGAUACACAAGGAAAACUGUUGAGCAUGAAAAGCCCAGCAGCGUUACAGUUCUUGACACAAACCAGUGCGCCUGGCACAAACUACUUAACACCCUAUGAAUGGCACACUUACACAAUCCACGUCUCAAGACAUCCUUCUUUAACCUGGCUCCUCCCCUUCAUCUAUCUGAUGGAAGUGGAUUUAAGUGACAUCAUUAAGGGAUCAUAGUUUUCACCUGGAUUCGGCUGGUCAGUCUGUCAUGGAAAGAGCAGGUGUCCUUCAUGUUUUGUACAUUCAGAGUGUGUGUGUAAUCAAGAGUUUGAAUUUGUUUUUGGGCGGGAAGGGCUUAUCUAACAUUACAUUUUGUAUAUGGUUGAAAGCAUAUACAUUCUACUUUCUUGGUGUUUCUACCAACACCAGAUAAAUACUUCAGAAAACAUGUUUGUUACUGUGUCCCUUUUCUACUUUCAUGUUGUCAUGUCUCUGUUUUCAAACAUGUCAGAAGAGAGUUCAAGAAUUACCUCACAUUGACCAUACUUCAUGCCGGGACUCAGAACAGGAAUGGCAAAAUUUGUAAAUAUAUUUUUGGUGUGCAAAAACAAGUAUUAUUGCGCUAUUAAAGAUGUCUUGGAAAGUAUGGGCUUAAAGAACAAA